AAUAGAACAAAGUAGGUGAUUAUAAUCAAAUUAGGAUCAAUUAAAGGUUGGAUUGGAUUGUGCGUGCGUACUUGCGCAUCAGGUCCUCAAGCAUUCCGAGUGUGAUGGUAUGCGCAUGCGCACUGUAGAUCUCCAAACCUGUACUAUCAGUGAGGGUUGUUUUUCUACUACGCAGCAGGCGCACAACAAUGAUGGACAGACGUAUUUGCAAUUCGUAAGGAUGUUAGAACAAAAAUGGACGUCUUUAUCCAACGUUAAAGCCUAAGGAACGGAAAAGAAAGGAGUGGGUGACUGACUGACUAUAUCAACAGGGCGAAAUGUCUACCUAUAACAACAUCAUAUCCAUGAAGAUCCGGACAGAAUACAUGAAAAAGUUCAGAGAUCCCAAGUGGGAGACAUUCUCGAAAAGUUACGAGGACUCUGUGAAGUACAGACUGACGCGAAGAGUGAUGGAGCAGACACACAGACCGUUAUUCGAGAACGGAUGGGACAGCGGGUCCGACUCCAGCGGGACGUCCAGUCCCAAACUCCAAGGGGUGAACGUCUCAAAUGGCAAACACUACAUAUCCUCGUCAGAGUCCAAGAAUGAGACUGUGGAGGUUCAGAAGUCCCGGAAGCCGCAGGUCAAUGGAGAAGUUCACACGGAUACCAGUGAAACCGUGGAAAGCUUGACUCCCUUGGAAAAUGAUCACAAAGGUGUGACCACUAACGGACCAUCAGCUUCUUAUCCGAAACGGCGUCAGAGAUACCGGGCGCCCCGUUCAGAGCCAUGCUACCCUAAUAAAGAGCUGGAUAGUGAUGAAUCACACCUGUCCAUAUCAAGAAAACCACCCAGGGCCAAGAGCCAACCCCCGGGCAACACCAAGGACCGGACGUCCAACCGCGACAACAGACGCUCUUUUAUCCGCAGUGACUGGGCAGAGAGGCACAUUGAGACCAGGGACAGAAGAACACCGAAUAUCCAAACGUCUGUGUCUGCUGGAGAGAUUCAUCAGGCCGACGUGGGCGUCCAGACACGAAGAGAGUCUAAAAAAGGUGUGCGGGCGUCAGAGCACCGGAGGGCGAGGUCAGCUGACCCGGAGAAGGCCCGGAGAUCAGCCCUGAGCGUGACGGACGAGCGCUGGAUGACGGAGUACAUGCGCUGCUUCUCUGCUCGACUGAGGUAGAGGCUGAUCCAGGAUCAGUGGAUUAGACACGAGGCGGCAGGAAACAGAUCCCAAACCAGCACCACAGGACCGUUACAGCAGAGUUUGAGGAAGAGGUUACAUG